UCUUGACACUUAUUUUUUUGUUCUUUUUAAACACACGAGCUGGUACCGUGCGCGACUGUCACGAGACGCCGGUGCACGCGCCGCUUUAAACCUUGCAGGAAGUAUAACUUUGCCUGAAAGCUUUUCCUUAACUGAACUCAGUAGUUCGCUUCGAGGCUAGCUAGGUAGAUAACGAUAGCAGCACCUCAGUCGCUAGGUCUCCUUUGACGGUGGACGGUUUCCCAUCAAUUGAAAUUUACCUCCGAGUGGCUGACAUGUCCGCAUAACGCGUUAAACACCUGCAGUUUAUAGUGCAGUUUAGCCGGGAGUAUGUUUGUUGCUGAUGUUAGUUCCCAGAUUAGAAGAUUCCAGGUCGACCUAGGAAGUGUUUGCUCUACUGUGUGUGUGUACCUUUAAACUAGCUUCUUUUUUUUAAUGUUGCAUUGCCGUUUUAAACUGUGUACACGGCUCAUUUGGGACCACGCUAUUCGUCGCUGCAACUUCCACCGCCGACGGCUUCACUUCCCCAGUGACAAAGAAGCUAUGGCUGUAUGGAUGUCUGAAGCAGGAGAAUGAGUGCGAGCUUUCAAUGGAGAGGAUGUCACCAUCUUUCACCGAAGACUGUCCUGCUUAGCGUAUCGAUUAGCUGACCGGCAACUACGCAACAGAACUGGGUCCGAGCGGCUGCUGCUGCUUUUCUUCACUUUAUUAAUUAGUCACGUCCAGAUCUUCUGUCCCAUGGCUGCAGCAAGCGGGGUCAACAUGCUGUCCCAGCACGGAGAGGUGGCACUGGCCGGUCCGGCAGGAGCAGGAAUGCCCGCGGUGUCUCCUACCAAUACAUCGGUGUCUUCUGUACCGACACCAGAUCCCAAUAACAGGGGGUGCGAGAACGGCGCCUUGAUGAACCACUUUGGGAUCUUCCUGCAAGGUCUUCUCGCUGUGAUGGCUUUCAGCACGCUCAUGUUGAAGCGCUUCAGGGAGCCCAAACAUGAGAGGAGACCCUGGAAGAUCUGGUUUCUGGACACCUCAAAACAGGCAAUUGGGAUGCUCUUCAUCCACUUUGCUAAUGUCUAUUUGUCGGACCUCACAGAGGAGGAUCCCUGCUCAUUAUACCUCAUUAAUUUCUUGUUAGAUGCUUCUCUGGGCAUGUUGCUGAUCUAUGCAGGGGUAAGAGCCGUCAGUGCUAUUGUAGAAUGGAGGCAAUGGGACUCUCUGCGUUUUGGAGAAUACGGAGAGCCAGUGCAGUGCACAGCGUGGCUGGGGCAGUGUAUCCUCUACAUUCUCAUCAUGAUGUUUGAGAAAGUCCUUAUCAUGUUGGUCCUCCUCAUCCCCCAGUGGAAGCAGCUGGCACUCCUCAAGCCUAUACACAAUCCUGCCCUGGAACUGGCCAUCGUUAUGCUCAUCGUUCCAUUUUUCGUAAAUGCCCUAAUGUUCUGGGUAGUAGAUAAUUUCCUAAUGAAGAAGCACAGGACAAAAGCAAAGCUUGAAGAGAGGGAAGAGGACUCACGGGGGAACGGCAAGGUGCGAUACAGAAGAGCUCUUUCCCAUGAUGACUCUGAGUCAGAGAUCCUUUUCUCAGCAGAUGAUGAAAUGGAUGAGUCUGAUGAAGACGAUGUCCGUCGACUCACUGGUGUGAAGAUGGUGAAAAAGAAGAAGCUUCGCAUGGGGAUCCCUCCAGGCGAGGUAAAAAAGAAGAAGCGCCCACCGAUGAAGGAGGAGGACCUGAAAGGAGCCCGCAGUAAACUGGGACUGAAGGGCGAGGUUAAGAGUAAGACCUAUGAGGUCAUGGUGGAGUGUGAACGCGCGGGCAAAGUUGCUCCAUCUGUGUUCAGUGGUGUGAGGACAGGAAAGGAGACCGUGCUGGACCAGCCCACAGCUGCCAAAGCUCCUGGAGCCAGUGUGUUCAGCAAGUGAAGCACACUGCAACCUAAAACCAAACAAAUAGCACAGGAUAAACAUGCACACUGUUGGCUUUGUGCUUCAGACUCAGAGACUUUUAAGUGUGUGCUUCUUCCUGCUUUAAUGAAAAAUUUAAGAAAGAUUAAUUGAAGACAGAUGAAUGUGGUUCAUUGCUAUGAUUAUAUAUUGUGAAAAAAUGUUGUUUUUUUUUUACUCGUGUUCAGCAUUUUCCGAAAUAAACUCUCACUGUGACAAGCAA